AUGGAGAUCAUGUGUUGCUUGUCAGAAGAGGCAAAGCUGCAACGCAAGGUCAACGAUGAGAUCGAAAAGCAACUCAGUCGAGAUAGGACAGAGCACAGCAGGGAGACCAAGUUCCUAUUGUUGGGCCCGCAGGACGUCGGCAAGACGACUUUCAUGAAGCAGUUGCGCAUCAUCAAUUCGGUUGGCUACGAAGAGGAUUUGUGCGCUCAUAUUUGUGCUGUGUUUCAAGAACUGGUGCACGCAAUGCAAAAAAUGAUUCACGCUAUGGAUUCUCUGCGAAUCAAAUACACAAAUUCCAUGAGUGCCGAAUGGGCGACGAUCGUGACUUCAGUACGGAUCCAAGAAAUAACCACAGCCCUGCCAUGCAAUCUCGCCGAGGCCUUGCGCCGCCUCUGGGAGGACGAGGGGAUUCAGGAGUGCUACACGCGCAAAAUCGAGAGCGGACUCGAGGAGGCGACCGACCAUUUUUUGUCGAAUAUCAACCGAAUCACUUUACCUGGAUACGUUCCGAGCAUGGAAGACUACUUGUACAUCAAAACACCCUCGAAAGGUAUAAAUGAAUACACCAUCACGAUCGAUAACGAAUUCCCGUCUCGAAUCGUCGAUGUCGGAGAGCAAAAGUCUGAAGCGAAAAAGUGGAUCCAUUGUUUCGAGGACGUGAGCGGUGUCAUAUUCAUGGUGUCUCUAUCGGAUUUCGAAAGUCAGGAGAAGAUGAUCGAAGCGCAACGCCUCUUCAAGCUGAUAGUUACCUCAAACUGGUUCACCGAAUCUCACAUUUUACUUCUACUCAACAAGAAAGAUGUUUUCGAGCAGAGGGUGGGUCGCGGUCGUUCGUUCGGGCAGAUAUAUCCAGAAUUCAAAGGGCCCGCGAACGAUCCGCGCUGUGCUCGCGAGUACAUGCGUGAAAUUUUCGCACGGAUAGACCCCAGCAGACCGGUUUACUACUUUUUCACCUGUGCCACAGACACCGACGACAUCAAGUACGUCAUUCCAACGUUACGAGAGAUCGCCAGCGUUAAAACGGGCGCUCGGAGUCGAGAACCGUCGGACGCCGCGGCCUCCACCGCGGCUAUGGCGGCCGUCGCGGCGGCGGUCAACGGUGUAGGUACGGCAGCCGCCGUCGGAGCGAUCCCUGCUCCAGCUACAGCUCCAACGAUCGCCCUUACUGAAGCUCCGGUUCUUGAUCUACCGAAAGCCCCAGCUCCUCUUCCCAUCGGGGCUCCGGCCCCUGCGGGAACUCUUGCUCCUGGCGGAGCUCCAGCUAGAACUCCGACUAGUGAUUCAGCCCCAGCGAGAAUUCCGGCUAGAGCUCGAACAAGUAUUCCAUCAAGAAUUCUAGCGGAGGCUCGAGUCAAAGUUCGGGGGAAAGCUCGAGCGAAAAGCAUUACCGGCGCCACAGCCGAAGCCUCAGACGAUGCUGCGGUCAGAGUUCCAGCGAUAUCACCCGCCAGCGCCCCGGCUCCCGAUACGCCUUCGACGUCCGCGUCUGCCCCAGUGAGCCCUCCGCCGCCGGUCGCCACCACACUCAUCAUUCCCACUCUACCUGAACCUGAACCUCGCACGGGUUUCCAUGACUGA